AUGAAGUGGACAUCUCAAUGGACCGUGGCUGCCUUGAGUACCAUGAUGGUGUUUUCGGCAGCACAGCCUCGUUCAGGCACUUCUCCCAAUAUUGCCCUUGACGACGAAAACAACGAGAUCCUGUCCUAUAAGGCUGCUCCUAGACUAGGGGUACAGCCAUUGGAGUCCGAGGACAACGAACCAAAAGGCACCGUGCCUUCAGAAAACGCCGAAGAGCACAACGACAACAUGUCCAGCUUCUACAUGGCGGUGUCGAUGAUCGCUGUGAGUGAAAUUGGCGACAAGACGUUCCUCAUUGCGGCACUCAUGGCAAUGAAAAACCUGAAACUCGUCGUGUUCUCCUCGGCCUUCUCCUCCUUGGCGGUCAUGACCGUGCUCUCGGGCAUCGUGGGCCACGCGUUGCCCACCCUUAUCUCGCAGAGGGUCACGCAGUUUUUGGCCUCGGUGCUUUUUGUGAUCUUCGGUGUCAAGUUGUUGAGGGAGGGUCUUGCCAUGUCCAAGGAAGCCGGCGUGGACGAGGAGCUUGCAGAGGUGGAGGAAGAACUCGCCUCGUCUCACAUGAACCUCCAGAUGGACAGUUUGGAGGGCGGAGGCGACAACAUAGAGCCUGUGAAGAGCAGCCCGAAGAAGUGGUACCAGGAGUUUGGCCUUCAGCUUGAGAACUUGGCUUCUUUCAUUCUUUCGCCAGUUUGGAUCCAGGUUUUUGUCAUGACCUUCCUUGGUGAGUGGGGUGACCGGUCCCAGAUUGCCACCAUUGCCAUGGCUGCUGGUCUGGAAUACUGGUUCGUCAUUUUGGGUGCUGUGGUGGGCCACGGCUUUUGCACGGCUGCUGCAUGUAUCGGCGGCCAGCUCUUGGCCACGAGAAUCUCCAUGAGAAACGUCACUUUGGGUGGUUCGGCUGCCUUUUUUGUCUUUGCCGUGAUGUACUUCUACGACUUCUAUACCCAUCCGGAGACGGCAGGCGAGGCGGCCUAG